CUCUCUGGGACUUUGGCUGCUGACGUCUCGCCUUCCUCCUUUUCUUCCCCUCUCAAGAAUUCCAAGUGCGUCUCCAACAUCCCAGGAAAAGCCAAUUCCGCCUGGGAGGGGGCAAGGGGGAAAUGACGGUCCCCGGUCUCCCUUGGACCAGCCCCAGACCUUGGAAGGCACCGCAGACCCCGGUCGCCUCUGGCAGGCUUGCGACUCCUCCGCUUAAAACCCCAAUCCUGAGACUUUCGCGAGUUGCUGAGAAGUUGGCGCGGCGGCUCCGGCCCUUGCUUGCUCCCGACCUCCCUGCCUCCCCAUCCCCGCCCCGAGCCACUCCGGGCGUGGGCUGCCUUCUCCUGCCCAGGAACACCUGCUAGCCGGGAGAAGCCCGGGACCCCGCGAAGAUCGGGAGCCCCGCCGCUUCUGCCAACUUCGAAGUCUCCGGCUUCCCUUCUUGCUGACCCUCAGCCCCGCUGGAGAGAUCGCAGGAGACUUAGAAGGAAGGACCGAGUCGAUUUUGGCAGCAUCAGGAAAAAAAGGAGAGUUCCGACACUCUCUGCUCUGGACGAUUUCCACCCCAGCCAGCGAGGUUGCCACCUUGGCAGCUUGUCCGGUGCCCAAGAGGGCAUCCUGGACUGGGCACCUUCUGCUGUCAAAGGACCCACCUCAACUGCACCAGAACAUGACUGCCAAGCUGGCGAUUUCCAUGGCCGUUUGCUUAACGCUGGCACUUCAAGCUCUGGCGAAGCAAGAAAGGCUUAUGAAACCUGAAUUGAACAUCAAUCGUGACUAUAUUAUAGUGGAAGCUGGAGAUUCAUUCAGCAUUACUUGCAGGGGCUCCCAUGGCUUGACAUGGCAAGCUGGAGAUGAACAGAUCACCCACAGCAAACGGUGGCAUAUUCACAAGCAGAAAUGUUCAGACAAACCAUGGUAUUCCUGCAGCACAAUUGGAGUUAACCGAGCUAUAGCCAAUGACACCGGCUAUUUCACCUGCUUUUAUGACCACCUCCCAUUCGCGGAAGAACUGAGAGCCAAGCUUUAUGUCUUCGUUAAAGAUCUGUCAGAGCCUUUUGUGCAACCCCACCCAAAACAUCCAUAUCUCAUCCGUGUGCACAACAAUACAGAUGUGAUCAAUGUGCCAUGUCGUGUCACCUCACCAGAGAUCAAACCGGAGCUGCUGCUGCAUCAAUCUCUUGAGCCUCUUACCUAUGAGAGGAAGGAAUGGGACCCAAAGAAAGGAUUCAUGAUCACGUCACCCUCCACUGAGUUCUUCAGUAGAAUGAUCAAAUGUGUUGCUACAGUCAACGAAGCACAAUAUGAGACAUAUUACUUGACCCAGAAAGUGGAGAUUCGAGUUUGGAAUGCAGUUUUGGAAGCAACUCCCAAAAAACUCUUGGUUGGAGAAACCCUUCACUUGGAAUGCAAAGGGCAGACGUCCUGGAAUGGACGGUUACAAUUUUUAUGGAAACUUCCAGGAAAGAGGGAACUAAGGACAGGAAAGAAUUUUGACAAGCGUAUCGCCGUGUACAAAGGCUCUAGUAAUGUGACUAUCACAAAUGUCACAAUGGAAGACAAAGGACACUACAUAUGCAAAGUGUUCAGUAUGGGCGAAGGAGGCACAGAAAUCAACACUACGGUCACAAUAUUCAGACAAGCUUUCAUUAAUUUUGUCAAAAAGAGGCAACAACUAUAUUAUGAGGCCAAUGCAGGACUAAAAGUACUGAAGCUGGCUUGGAAGGUUGAUGCCUUCCCUCCCCCUGAUGUGGCUUGGUACAAAGAUGGCCAUCUGAUCAAAGCCAAUGACUGCUAUGACUUAGAUCCUGAGAGGUAUAGGAUAAUCAUCAGGGAUGUGAGACCGAAGCAUGCCGGGAACUUUACCCUGUAUUUGAGCAACACAAAGCAUGGUCUCUAUAAAAACCUCACCAUCCAACUUGUUGUCCUGGAGAAACCUCACAUUUAUGAAAAGGAGAUUGAUUUUUCCAAUACUGAGCUGGUCACUAAAGGAAGAGAGCACAGCCUUCAAUGCACCGCAAGCGGAUGGCCUCUGCCCUCCAUAUACUGGGAAUGGGAGCCCUGCAACCAUGCAGACAACCAGUGCAACCAACGUGGAGAAAAAAUCAAAGUCCAGAAAACUGUCAGACACGAAACUCCCUAUUUAGCCAACAGGAUCAAGGAUAUCAAAAAUAUGCAGUUUAUUCAUGGCAAUAUGUUAAAGGUUUUAAGCACUUUGACCAUGACAUCAAGCAACAUCUCCGGAAUCUAUUACUGUGUGGCUUCCAACAAGUUGGGCAUCGAAGAGAGGAGCAUCAGGUUCUAUAUCACAGACAUGCAAUCCAGCCUGGAGGCAGACUCCCAAAUGACAGCUAUUGUGACCAGCCGUGUCCAGAUGACCUGCAAGUGCUCCAAGUACCUUUACGAUCACCUCACCUGGUAUGACCCCACCUUGCAGGAAGUCCCCACAGCUCUCACCCAGAAGAAGGUGGACAACUAUUCCAUCUCCUUAGUGCUGGAGAUCCAUAAUGUCUCCCAGGCUCACGCAGGGCUUUACAAGUGCCGAGCAUCAAGCUACCACAACCGCACCAAGCAGCUGGAGAAAAGUACCAUGCUCAGCAUAAAAUUUAAGACAGUGCCUUACAUUAUGGAGAAUUUUACCGACUUGGAGGUUAACGUGAGCGGGACCAUCAUUCUGGAGUGCAAAGUCAACGGGACCCCCAAACCUGCUAUUGCUUGGCUGAAAAAUGGCCACCGCAUCACCCCUGCUUCAGGAAUUUCCAUGGAAAACAACACUUUGGUGAUUGAACGAGUGAAAAAGGAUGACGAGGGUCAUUAUGAAUGCCAAGCGAUCAACGAGAUGGGUCAAGGCAGCACCGGGGCAUUUAUUAAAAUAGAAGGCUCUGAAGAAAAAUCCAACAUAGAAGUUAUCAUCUUGGUUUGCACUGGUUUAGCAGCCACUCUCUUUUGGCUCCUUCUGACCCUCUUCAUACGGAAACUCAGAAAACCGGAUGCCACCGAUAUUAAAACUGGAUAUUUGUCCAUCAUAAUGGACCCAGAGGAGAUGCCCCUGGAUGAGCAGUGCGAACGACUUCCUUACGACAGCAGCAAAUGGGAAUUCCCAAGGGAUCGACUGCGGCUGGGUAAAACUCUGGGUCAUGGUGCUUUUGGCAAAGUGGUGGAAGCAUCUGCUUUUGGCAUAGAUAAAUCUUCAACCUGCAAAACAGUGGCUGUUAAAAUGCUUAAAGCAGAGUGUGCAACGACCAAUGAGUGCAAGGCUCUGAUGUCGGAACUGAAGAUCCUGAUCCACAUUGGACAUCAUCUAAAUGUGGUCAACCUACUGGGGGCUUGUACCAAGCCUGGAGGUCCUCUGAUGGUCAUUGUAGAAUAUUGCAAGUAUGGAAAUCUCUCUAAUUACCUGCGGGGGAAACGAGGUGAUUUCAUUAUAUGCAAGCCACCAGAAAAUUCAGACUGCUCAGAGAAAGGAUUGAAGGACUCGAUCAGUGACUUAACAGAGCUAAUUAAGAGGCGUCUUGAAAGCGUGGCCAGCACAGGUAGCUCUGCUAGCUCUGGGUUCAUUGAAGACAAGAGUUACACAGAUUCUGAUUCAGAAGAAGAAGACACGGAAGAUCUUUACAAGCGACCUCUGACUUUGGAGGACCUGAUUUGCUACAGCUUCCAGGUAGCUAAAGGAAUGGAGUUCCUGGCCUCAAGAAAAUGCAUCCAUAGAGAUUUGGCAGCCAGGAACAUUCUUCUUUCUCAAAACAACGUGGUAAAGAUUUGUGAUUUUGGAUUGGCCAGAGAUAUAUACAAAGAUCCUGAUUAUGUGCGGAAGGGAGACGCCAGGCUGCCCCUAAAAUGGAUGGCUCCAGAAGCAAUUUUUGACAAAAUCUACACAACUCAGAGUGACGUUUGGUCCUUCGGUGUGCUGCUUUGGGAAAUAUUUUCCCUAGGGGCUUCUCCGUAUCCAGGGGUCCAGAUUGAUGAGGACUUUUGUCGACGUCUCAAAGAAGGAACACGGAUGAGGUCUCCAGAGUACUCCACUCCAGAAAUCUACCAGACCAUGCUGGACUGCUGGCACAGCAUCCCAACAGAGAGACCAACUUUUACCAACCUUGUGGAACGUUUAGGGGAUCUUCUCCAGGCAAAUGUACAGCAGGAUGGGAAAGACUAUAUCCCACUGAACAUCACCUUGUGUCCUGAUGGAGAGUCCAACCCCAAGAUCUGCAUCUUGGAAGAGAAUGUGAGCAACUUCAUUCACCGCUGGAGUGCUAUAGAAGCAAGCAUUAACUCCAAGAACCGACCACUCAGUGUGAAGACCUUUGAUGAGGUGCCUGUAGAGAAGGAGAAGAUGAUACAUGAGGAUGGUGAGUCAGACAGUGGGAUGGUGUUGACUCUGGAUGAAAUCAAGAGCCGGAAGAGGCUGGAGAUCCGAUCCUGGCCUUAUGGAAUCAUGGCUCUUGCGAGAAAAGCGAUCAACAAAAGUAAGGAAUCCGUGUUCAACGACCACGAGCGAGAAUCAGUGAAGUACCAUCCAACUGUUCCGGUGGAGGAUGACCUGAUGGAAGACUCCAUUCUUCUGCCGAUGGAUGCCAGCCUGGAAUGCCACAGCCCACCUCCUGAUUACAACUCUGUGAUCCAGUACUCGGCUCCUCCAGUGUAGCCAACCAGCCCUGGGGGGACCAUCAGGUUUUGCAUCUCUGACCAUGCAGUGUUCCAAACCAGCUUUCUGGUUUUCUUCUUGCUUAACAGAAAUAUUGUCCUAAGCGGAGAAGCCAGACCUUGAAGUCCAAUGUACAUUAGCCCCCGUGUGCAAGUGCAAGUGGGAAUUCUUUUAAGAGCAAUUCUCUGAAGGCUGCCUUUCAAGCUCUCUGGCUUUUAUUUCCUAACCUUCCCCGUGAAUUCAUAUUUUUUGAAUACCGUGGUCAUUGCAGUCUAUCUUUCAUUUGGUGGGGUUUGCUCUCUUAAAGCUCUGGACUGCACACCAAUUUUCCCAUUUUUUUUGUCCCUUUUAAAAGUUGCUAGGGAAAUUCCAUUCUAAACUCUGAGGUUGUUAUUCAGGUAUAAUUAUCCUCAAUAUUUUAUGUAUAGAGUUCAAAACCUAGCCUGAAACUCAGAUUUAUUGCAGAACCUAAAGCAAUCUGCCAGAACAGACCUACAGUGACAUACAGAGACUCCCUCAAACUGCAAGUUAUAUUUAGCCACAACCAACUUGCAGAACGAGGCUGAGAAAGAUUCCGUGUAGAUAUGUUUGCUUGUUGUACAACAGUGUAAACAACUGAAUGCAAUAAUUAUGAAAAAAUAUAGCACAGGAAAGAAAAAGCCUCAGGUGUUUUAGUGGGCCAGGAAAGUCAGACCCCGUGAUACUGUGAAUAUAGAAGCUUUUUAAAAGAGGUGCAAGACUUUUCCUUGUUCUCUAGACCCUAAAGCUGCUACGCUUAAGCUAGGAAUAUUUUCUGCUUAAUGGAUCGCAAGAGAAACCCUUCUGAAGUGCAGCGAGCGUCACUUAAGCAUGGAGAAGAAGCAUGCCUGUUUCCCCCUCUCUGUUGUAAGAAGCAAUGAGGUUAGAGUAAAAAGAGGCUUGCUUUGAAAAGCACUUAAUUUGCCAAUAAUUUAGUUACAGGAUCAGUGGGGAAAGGACAGUAUAAUCUACAUCUCAUAUCUUCUGAGAUGUUCCAAGUUCACCUGGGUGCAAAUUAAUUUAAUGUGCAGAGCUGUUGGGGACAGAAGGAUAUUCCAAAACAUCAAGGUAGUCAGGCAUUGCUCAGGUAGCCAUGACUACCAUCUGGACCUUUUUUUAAAAUCACUCUCCAGCACCCACAGAUUCUGCGCCUUACUCUCUGACACAGGAAUGGAAGUAAGCAUGGGAAAGUUUUGCUUGUAUAUGCUAAGUCUUUGAGUAAGUUAGUGGGACCAAAGAAGGUGUGGCUGGAGUGUGCCUUAAAAAGUUUGGCUUUAGAAAGCAAGUGUCAUAUAAUCAAAAAGACAGGGAAAUACUGCUGCCGGCCAAAUAUGUCAAGUGCCUUUUUUUUUUUUUACAUACGUAGCUUAAAAAUUAAGAAGGCCUAAAGUAGUAUUUCUCAACAUGGGCGACUUUAAGAUGUGUGACCUUCAACUGCCAGAAUUCCCCAGUCAGUGGAAAAGCUUCCUUUGGUGACUUUGGAAGAUCAAACCUUUUAAAGAAACAAAAGGACAUCAAACGGUUGUGAAGCUGCUGAUCCAUUUGUCAUAUCUGAAAAAAGAAAACCACUUUUCCAAAUCAUUUCCAAAUUUUUGGGAAGGCAGUCAUUGGCAUCCCAACCACACACAGGUGGUUCAAGAUCUGUUAGCCAGAUUCACAAAUCACAUGUAGGGGAAACCAAAGCACACCGUGGUUUGGGGAAAUGCAUAACUCUUGCCACUACUGCAUUUUCUCAGCCUGCUCCUUGGAUCAAUCAGCUUGAGAGGCAAAACAGGAUUCAAACUUCAUGUCAAGGGUCACAUUUCCAAAGUAGGCAGGACCAGAGUCAGGUCCCCUGGGGAUGCAAGGCUCUUGAGGGGGAAGAAGGGGUUCUUAACCCCUCCCAGUGCAAAAUGGAUGCUGAUGGGCUGUUGAAGACUGGUCUGCUGCACUUUUGCAUUGGCAGCCUCAGUGAUUUCUCCAUUUGUUAAGAUCAGUGGCACUUAUAGCCAUCACAAACAGGAACCCUAGAGGCAGUUGAAGGAACAUCUUCCUUCAAUCUUCCUUCCUUCCUUCCUUCCUUUUGCUUCAUCCUUCUCCUUCCAUCCGAUUCUUUCCUUUCUUUUCCUUUCUUCCUUCCUCCCUCCCUCCCUCCUUUCCUCCCUCCCUUGCCUCUUUACUCAUUGCACUUCAUUCUCUAUACCAAAUAUGCCCAUAUCAAAUAUGCCCAUGGGCAGUAACAGAAUCCUUGUGUUGGCAGAUGGCAUUUGCAGACUCCUACGCACUGAAUCUAAAGCUCAGAGAUAACUCCAGAAGCUUUUUCUGAGUUGGACUUUUGGGGGGAAAGGAUGUUCUCUGCCUCUUCCAAAGACCAAAGGCCCAUUCAGACUCUCUGCCAAGCAUCUCUGCAUGGAUAUGAUUUUUCAAUUGCAUAGAUAAGUCUAAUUUUAUUUUGUUUUUAAUCAGCAGAAUUGGAUCUGUAUUCCUCGUAUUUUAUCUACUAAUAUUCUUUAUCCUCACCUUUCUUCCUCAUCUUUCUCCUGCCCCCUUAAUUUAAUUACAAUAUUUUUCUAAUAAUGUUGAAAUAUCUCUAAAUGUAAUAAAACCCAGCCAAAAUCAAGCACUUUGGACUGUAAUCCUAUGCAAAUUGAAAAGGAAACCAAUUGCUGUGUGUUCCUUGGUGCUUACUUCUGAGUAAGCCCAUAUGGGAUUACAUUGACCAAAUCCUUUGAUCUCCACUGGAACAGAUGCAAAUUUCUGCCAAUCCUUCCCACAAAAGAUUGCUCAAUUUUGGCUGGAUUUUAACUUAUGUUCAUAGUGUUUAUUAGGUAGAACCAAUUCAGUAUAAAUAUGCAUUGCAUUUAUUUAACUAUGUAUAUCCCUUUUUAACUAUAAAAGAGCAGGAAAUUCUGACCCAAGGGUCUUUUUUUUCCAGAAUCUCCCACCUCUAUUUGCAGGCCAGGGACCAGUUCACAAGUCUCAUCCAUCUGGGUGUUACACAAAAAGAACAUUUGUCACCAUCACCUCCUCCUUGGGCUUUUGGGCAUUUUGAUUUUUAUGGUCGAAAUUCAGGUUUGACUGUUACUGCACUUUCUGAAAACAGUGAAAAAGGUCACAUGAAUCUUGAGUUGGGAAUCAGACUGAAGGACAAAAGAUACUUCUGUGGUCUAAAAAAAAGAACCAGAUGCCCAAAGAGGUAUAUUUUGAUGUUAUUAAAUACAACUCAGGGAUUUCUUUAUGACUUCAGAAGGCUGCUGGCCUUUGUAAACUUGUUUAAAUAUAUUCAGAAUUGAUUAGGCAGCUCUAUAUUUGUUUCAAAGCAUUCCUAAACACGACCCUGGAUAAUUAAUUCAACUCAAGGAAAUUCUGUUUUAUUCAUGCUGUUAUUUCUUUAUAUACUGGAUCAGCUUUCCUCAAGCGCUCCCCAAGCUGGUGCCCUCUUAAUAUGGUAGAAUUACAAGUCACAGGAUUGGCUUUGCUGGCAGGGGGGCCUGCAGGCUAUGGGGAUAAAGAGGGCACCCAGUCUGAUGCAACUGAAGCCUUGCUCUUUUUUCACAGCUAUCAGACCCAGGUUGUACAUAAAAAAAGAGAAGGGGCCAUUAGUAUGCUAGUAAAUGUUUAACAAGCAGCUAUUGCCACUGCUGAGCAGGUAGUCCUCAAGUUACAACCACAAUUGGAAGCAGAAUUUUCAUUGGGAAGCAAGGCAGGUGUUAUGUGAGUCACACCUAGUUUUACACACGUCCUUUUUGCUACAAUUGCAAAAUGAAUCACUGCAAUUGAAUCAGCCAUUAAGUUAAUCCAGCUGCCCCAUUGACUGCUUGCCAGCUAAGAAGGGUGCAAAUGGCUAUCAGAUGUGGUAGCCAUCAUAAAUACGUGCCAGCUGCCAAACACCCACAUUUUGAUCACAUGACUGUGAGGAUGCUGUGACGGUCGUAAGUGCAAGGACCAAUCAUAAGUCACGUUUUGCAGUGCCACCGUAACUUCAAAUGUCACUAAAUGGAUAGUUGUAAGCUGAGGACUACCUGUAAUGGCCGAACAGCUAAUUGGCACAUUGGGCAUCAUGGCUCAGCUGUAAUCCCAACUGGCUGGCAACAUUUCAGAAAAUGAAAUAAUUGGCUCUCACAAUUGUUAAAUUUGGGUCUUUGAUUGCAAUGUCACAGCCAUUAUAUUUACCUUUGGGGCCUCCCCACCCCACCCCAGAUGCCCUUGAAAAUCAGCUCGGCAUUUGGGGAAGUGCCGCAAUCGGAAUCACUAACCGAAAAGCCUGAAAAUUCAAAACUUGGGCGGGUGGGCACGAACUAAGCAAAAAUCCUGUUCCCCAAAUUCCAUAGAACCUCUGCCAAAACCAGUCCUGUCUUUCUGAAGAAUGUAUGCACUGAAAAGAACCUGCUCUGUUCCUGUAGUCAAAAAUGUAUUGUAAUUAUUAACCAAAUAUAAAUUAAAAGGACUCUAUAUUUAUA